AGAGGGGCGGUGGGCGUGGCUUGGCGACGGGGCGUGGCUUGGCGGCGCGGCGCGGCUCGGCAUGACUCCGCAAUUAAAGAUGAACUUUGCGUGAACUAAUUUAUCGGAGCAAAAGGUAACAAGAGGCCGAGACCCGGGGAACCGGUAUAAAAGGAGGUAUAAAGAGAACGACUCACCACUCGAGGUCACGUCUUGGGGGAGCGCAUCUCCAGCUUUUGACCCCACCCCCCCCCCCCCUGCACGCCACGAUGAGCUUCUGCACGCUGUUCGCCACCUUCCUCUGCACCGUCGUGCUGCCGGUGCUGCUCUUCCUUGCGGCCGUCAAACUGUGGGACGUGUACAUGGUGCGCAAACGGGACCCGAGCUGCCGGAGCCCCCUUCCCCCGGGAACCAUGGGCUUGCCCUUCCUUGGGGAGACCCUCCAGCUGGUUCUGCAGAGGAGAAAGUUCCUCCGGAUGAAGCGGCAGAAGUACGGAUUUAUUUACAAGACGCAUCUCUUCGGCAACCCCACCGUGCGCGUCAUGGGAGCCGAGAACGUGCGGCACAUCCUGCGUGGAGAGCACCGGCUGGUGGAGGUGCAGUGGCCGGCGUCCGUGAGGACCAUCCUGGGCUCCAACACGCUGUCCAACAUGCACGGCAGCGAGCACAAGAGCAAGAAGCGGGCGAUCCUGAAAGCCUUCGCGCGUGACGCCCUCGAGCACUACGUGCCCGUCAUCCAGGAGGAGGUGAGGGCCGCCCUGGACGAGUGGCUGCACUGCGACUCGUGCGUGCUCGUGUACCCCGAGAUGAAGCGCCUCAUGUUCCGCAUCGCCAUGAGGAUCCUGCUGGGCUUCGAGCCUCAGCAAAUCAAGGCCAACGAGCAGCAGCUGGUGGAGGCAUUUGAGGAGAUGAUCAAGAACCUCUUCUCUCUGCCCAUCGAUGUCCCCUUCAGUGGCUUGUAUCGGGGUCUCAAGGCUCGUAACGUCAUCCACUCGAAAAUAGAAGAAAACAUAAAAAAGAAGAUGCGGGAGAGAGGUGAUGCGUCAAAGCACAAAGAUGCUCUUCAGCUGCUGAUUGACAACGGCAAGAAAAGCCAGGAGCCGCUCAGCAUGCAGGAGAUUAAGGAGUCUGCCACUGAACUGCUAUUUGGUGGUCAUGAGACCACAGCCAGCACUGCGACCUCCAUGGUGAUGUUUCUCAGUUUACACCCGGAGGCUGUCCAGAGCAUCAGACAGGAGCUGCAGGAGAAGGGGUUACUGGGAAAAUGCUCAGAAGAGAGAAGGCUGAACCUGGAGAUACUGCAGCAGCUGAAAUACACAAGCUGUGUCAUUAAGGAGACUUUGCGGCUAAACCCACCGGUGCCAGGAGGCUUCCGUGUGGCUCUCAAGACAUUUGAGCUCAAUGGUUACCAGAUUCCCAAGGGAUGGAAUGUCAUUUACAGCAUUUGUGACACCCACGACGUUGCGGACCUCUUCCCUGCUAAAGAGGUGUUCCAGCCAGAGAGGUUCAUGACCGCAUCUCCUGACUUCUCAUCGCAGUUCAACUACAUCCCCUUCGGGGGAGGCUCCAGGAUGUGUGUGGGCAAGGAGUUUGCCAAUGUCCUGUUGAAGACCUUCUUAGUGGAGCUGACCUCACGGUGCAACUGGACUCUGUCCAACGGACCCCCGACAAUGAAAACUGGCCCCACGGUUUAUCCGGUGGACAACCUCCCUACAAAGUUUGUGAAAUACAUUUAUAAGGAGUGUUAGCGCCGCGCUGUAAAAAGCUGUACUCGGCUUUAGAAUCGGCCGCGUAAUUUACUUCUUGAUGUGUACAUCUAAUCGAUAUUUAUAUGAACUCGUGUAUUUUUGUAUACAAAGUUAAAUGCGUCUCGAAGCUCUCGCUCAUUGCUUUUAAAACGUGUAUAUAAUGUACAUUUGUAAUGUGGGUAUUGCAUUUUGUAUUUACUCAACUUAUUUAAAUCAUUGUAUGGGUUCUAUUAAAC